ACAAAGACAGAAAAACAGACGGGUCCGUGCUGCGCGGGUCAUGGAGCGGCUCCAGUCUCCCCAGCCGGAGCCGUAGGAGGAACUUUUACCGGCGGAUAUUCCGGGGAGUUAUUCGGUCGGAGCAGCCAUGGAGCCAGUUUGUCCCAGAAUCGGGUCCCGGGUCCCGGGUUCAGUGUCCCUCCGGCCGGCUGGAGGACGCGGCUCUCCGCACUAGACCAGAGAAUUCAGCGGAUCGAGACGGACCGAGGAGAACCGAGAGACGCCAUGUCUGCCAGCCCCAGAGAUCAGCCCUGCAAGCAGGAGAGGAAGGGCAGCUUCCUGAAGCUGAUCGACUCGUUCGCCUGGGAAAUCGGCAGUCUGAAGAGGGAGAUGGGGAAGAAGUGUGAGUCUGCGGCUUCGAAGCAGCAGCCGGACGACGGCCUCCUGGGGCUGAGCGAGGAGGUGGGCGGGCUCUUCCUGCAGGCCUCGCCGUGCGCCGCCAUGGGGGCGGGGCUCCCCGGGGUCCGGGACUCGGGCUACGACUCGCUCCACCGCCGCCUCAGCGUCCUGGACCGGCUGCAGCACACGCACGCCGUGUGGCUGCAGCUGGGCCUGCGCCGCCAGGACGCCACCCGGAUCCUGCAGAACCAGCCGGCCGGGACCUUUCUGGUGAGGAAGUCCAGCAGCCUGCAGAGGAAAGUCAUCUCCGUGCGCAUGGACAAGGACUCGGCCGUGUCCGUCAGAGACUUCCCCGUCAGAGAGAGCCAGUACACGUUCUCCCUGGAGGGAUCGGGCCUGAGCUUCGCUGAUCUUUUCCGUCUCAUGGCUUUCUGCUGCAUCAGCCGGGACGUGUUGCCCUUCACUCUGAAGCUCCCGGACGCCAUCGCCGCAGCCAGAACCUUCGCCGAUCUGGAGCAGGUCGCCAAGCUCGGAGCAGGGUUUUGGGAUGGUCAGUCUGUUCGCGGGAGGCGGAGCUCCACCACGUUGACGGGCGUAGCGGCUCCUGACAGGCCACCCCCGCCCACCCAGAGAUCCGUCAGCCUGUCCGCUGUCCCGGGACGCCCACGGCUCGCCACCCGCUCCCCGUCCCAGAUCGACUGCUGCCAGUCCAACGGGGCGCUUUGCUUCAUCAACCCUCUCUUCAUCAAGGUUCACGGCGGGGCCCUGAGCGCCGCUCCCCACCGUUUGGAUUCAGUUAAGCAGGAAACUGCGAGUCAGGAGCCCGGUAAGGAAGACCCCGCUCCACGGGGGGGCCAGCAGCCCGGUCCGGGCGGUCCUCUGGUUCUGAGCAGCGAGCAGACCCUCGACGACGCCCCAGGACCGCAGGACAGGAAGAGCUCACCCAGUCCGAAGGUGAGCGGCGCUGAAGGCGCGCCCCGGUCUCCGCCCCCUCGUCCACCUCCGCCUCAAGUGGCGCCGCCCCGCCCGGCCCCCCCGGCCCGACAGAGAAGCAUGCCGGAGAAGAUCCCCUGGAUCUGUGCCCCCAAGGAGAAGGCGGAGGAGAAGGAGCGGGAGAGGGGCGGCAGCCUCCUCUCUCGCCUGGGCUCCUCGCUCACCAUCAGCCCCUCGUCCUCCCCGCCCAAGAGACUCAGCAUCAGCUCCCCCAUCUCCAUCCCCCGGCCGCCGCUGCCCCUCGCCCUGUCCUCGCUGUCCUCGCUGUCCUCGCUGUCCUCCCCUCCCCGCCGGGCCAAGGCCUCGCCCUCGUCCAGCCAGGAGGAUGCCCAGUGCCACUUGGCCUUGGAGGAGCAGACCAUCGAGAAGGCCAUCGUCCGGGCCAGACUGUCCCGGCAGAAAGCGACCAGACCCCCCCCGCAGGACUCCAGCAGUCCCCCAGGAUCCUCUCUGACGGCCACAGGCGGCGAGGAGGAGGAGCCGGCGGAGGAGUGCAGCGAGGGCGGCCAGCGGCUCAGCGACAUGAGCCUCUCCACGGACUCCUCGGACUCGCUGGACUUCUCUCAGUCCUGCACCUUCUUCCUGCCUCCCAUUCAUGACCCCAGCCCCCCCACCGUGGCCGACUUCAACGCCCACCUGCCCCUGUCGCUCCCCCCGUCCCACCUGCCCUACUGCAGCAUGGAGGACGACGACGACGAGGACGAGGACGACGAGGAGGAGCCCGACUACGGCGUGAGCCUGGAGAGCGACCAGGACCAGGACCAGGACCUGACCAUGGUGCCGCCCGGGCACCGGAUGAAGCGCCGCCCCAGCGCCAGCGCCCUGGUCCUCCAGAAGGCCCUGAGAGGACACCUGCGGAAGAUGAGCGGCGUCUUCAACUCGCUGCUGACCCCGGAGAAGAGGGCCGUCCGCCGGGUUCUGGAGCUGUCCAGGGACAAGGGCUCCUACUUCGGCUCCCUGGUGCAGGACUACAUCGGCUACAUGAGCGAGGGCGCCGGCGCCCAGGCCUGGCAGGGCUACGCCUCCGGGCUGGAGCUGCUGCAGACGCUGCGCCAGUUCAUCACUCAGAUGAAGAGCUACCUGCGACAGAGCUCCGAGAUGGAGCUGCCAAUCGAGAGCCUCAUCCCCGAAGACCAGAUCGACCGAGUCCUGGAGAAGGCCAUGCACAAGUGCGUCCUGAAGCCCCUCAAACCGGUGGUGAGCGCCGCCCUGCAGGAGUUCCAGGUGCGCAGCGGGGCGUGGCGGGAGCUGAAGGAGAACCUGUCACUGGCCAAGGCCCGGCAGCCGCAGGAAAUGGGCGUGGCCGACACGCUGCCGCCAGAUCCCAUGGCCAUAGAGAAGAUCAAGCACAAGUUUCACACCAUGUGUAAGCUGUACUCGCCAGAGAAGAAGGUCACCACGCUGCUGAGAGUCUGCAAGCUCAUCUACACCAUCAUGGAGGACAAUUCAGGUCGCCUGUACGGCGCCGACGACUUCCUGCCCAUGCUCACCUACGUCCUGGCCCAGUGUGACAUGCCUCAGCUGGACAACGAGAUUCUUUACAUGAUGGAGCUGCUGGACCCGUCUCUGCUCCACGGAGAAGGUGGUUACUACCUGACCAGCGCCUACGGAGCCAUGUCGCUGAUCCGGAACUUCCAGGAGGAGCAGGCGGCCAGAGUGCUGAGCUCCGAAACCCGCGACACGCUGCACCAGUGGCACCGCCGGCGCACCUCCCAGCGCUUCGCGCCCUCCAUCGACGACUUCCAGAACUACCUGCGGGUGGCGCUGCAGGAGCUGAACAGCGGCUGCACGGCCAAGACUCUGCAGGUGCGACCUUACGCCACGGUGGAGGAGGUGUGUCAGCUGUGCGCCCAGAAGUUCAAAGUGCCGGACCCGGAGCGGUACGGCCUGUUCCUGGUGGUGGAGGGCAGCAGCCAGCAGCUGGCGCCAGACACCCACCCCCAGAAGAUCAAGGCCGAGCUGCACAGCCGCCCGCAGGCCGCUCCCUUCUACUUCCUCUUCCGCCGAACGGACGGCGGCGGCGGCGGCCUGCCGUCAGACCUCCAGCCCACACCGAACCUCAACGACCUCGCCGUGACCUCUGACCCCCAGGCGAACCUGAACCGGCUGGGUCCGGACGUCUCGGCCUCGUCAGGCCAACCCGACGUGAGCUCGGGCCUCAGCCCGGCCCUGAGCCUCAGCCUGCUGCCGCCACGCCUCGACACCAACUCCGUCUCCGUCUGAGCGCAGCGGCCUCGGGACGCAGCGGCCGGCGGUGGCCGGCGGCGGCCUCAGGACGCGGCGGCGUGUUGAGGACGCCAUUUCAGGGUCGCCUGCUGCCGUCGCUCCCGUCAGGAUCCAUUCAGGGGAAUCCCAUCAGCCCCUGCUCUAAUGUACAGUAAAUCACUUCAGACAUGCAGGGACGACAUGCUGCUGUUGGAUGUCAGUGCGACGAACUCGUCACAGUUGCUGGUAAACUGUGUUUUAAAUGUUUCAAGGAUUCAGACUUUAUGUUCUGAUGGAUUUGUCGACGUUCAGUGCUGAAACGCCUCGUUCCCUGGAUUAUGAGCCCUCUGUACCCCUUUAAUUAUGCUGAAAACAUCAUUUUUGUGUUAUUUUUCUGUCCUUCUGAUGCUAACUGUGAUCUGAGGCUUCGGUUUUCUUGGAAUUUCUGUUGCAAAAGUCUGAAUUAUUUUUUUCCUGUUCAAAGCUCCUUUGCAUUCUCUGUAAAAACACAUUUAAAUAGAACUUCUUUAGCCUCAGAGCCAGUCCACACAAAUCCAAGUAUUGAAGAACCAUCAUCAUGAUCACUUCCAGACUGAUCAUACCUGAAGAGUUCAGGUAUACUUUACUGUUUCUACUUCAGAGAAACACUUUGCAGGCAAAUACACAGACUUUUAACUUAGACUCAGAACAAAUAGAGUAUCUUCAAAACUACAAGGGCUGCAUGAAUAAUUUUGGUGACAAAAGGAAUCAAACACCUGUGAGAUUGCUCCAGAAGAGUCAGAAUCAAUCAAAAAUCAACUCAGUUCAGUUAGUCGGGUAACGUCUGAUGAGUCAGAGUGUGAAAGUAGAAGGUGAAAAGUGAAAGAGAACAGCUGGAGAGAAGUUUUAGUUCAGGUGUGUCCAGGCGGAGUGUGGAGCCUUUUGGGUGCCAUAUUCUCAGGAGCCAGACUGUAAAACUAGUUUGAUUCCACUGAUAUAUCACUGUGGUUCUUCAUCCCAUCCAAACACCAGACUGCUUCACUUUGAAGAAGCGCCGUGGAGCCUCAGAGUCUGGUUGGUCUCUUCCACUCAGUUAAUUAACGUAAAAAUGAUUUACAUCAAACUGAAAUGUCACAUGUUUUAAAAGUUUCUGAAGCGGGUAGAAAAAAGAACUGCUAUGAAAUCAGGGCAAUGCUUUGUUAGUUUUUUUGGGCGGGUGCCACAGAGUUGAACCUUCUCUUUUUGUUUUCUGAAUCUCAACAUGAAGUAAACUGUGCCUUCAUUGUGAGAAAGCCAUCGCUUUGCUUUUGGACGUCUACAAGAAUAAAAAAUUGACGGUUUCACAUGAUCAUCCUCCAGACGGACGUCGUGUCAUGUGGUGAGAUGUUGUCCUGGUGUGUAGUUUGUGUGACAGUGUUGACGUCUUCUCGCCGACUCUCCAGUCAAUCUGAAUGAGGCUGGAUGGAACACAUAGAUGGAGCUCAGUGGAGCCGGCUGCUGCAGCUCACUACAGAUCGGGUUUCUGCACUACUGACACAUUUGUUUUUACAUAAAAGAUGUGGUCAGUGAUAAAUGCAUUUACAGAAAGGCCGUGCGGACUUGUAAGCUGGUCUGAGGUCCCACAACGUGGCUCCCUCCUGGAAGGACCUGAAUGGAAACGGUUUGAGGGAACAGCUCUGAGAUCCAGACGUGCAGGAACACCUGAACUCCACAGGUUCCAGCCGUCAGAAAGUCACGUUCCAGUGCUGUUUCCUGAAGGAACGCGCAGAGGAAAGUGUGCAGAGAGGGAGCUGAAGCAGGACGGAGCUGAAGGAAACGUGCUGAGAGGCAUUCAUGUCUGGAUGUAAACUGGACAGACUGGAGGUGGAGUGUUCACGGCUGGAAUUCUUCCAUGUUGUUAUAAUCAGACUUUCUUUGUUCUUUUCAGUGAAUAUUUAUCUGUCUCUGUGCAGGGAGUUUCACAGAGGGCCUUCUCUUGUCUACAAUAAACUCACUGGUGUCGUUUGCAUCUGUCAGUGUCAGUGAACCAUUUCUGAAAAAUAAUAAAUGUUGGAAAUAA